AUAUAUUAUUGUCACUUAGAUUCUUCUAACACAAGCGCCUAAACUAUUUUCCUGAGUUAUAGUUUUCGUUAUUAAGCACUAAGUUUACACUUGCUUGACGAAACCUAGAGCAGUGUGAGUAGUAGGUACCGCUCACAUACAGCGGUGAUUUCUAAGCAGGAAACCAAUUUCCUUUUAUUGUUGUUCUUGAAUGCUAUAGAGUUCAUUUCUUUCUUGCUGUUGGAAUACGAUGCUAAUUGCUAUAUACACGUGUAACACUUAUUGCACCUUCCAGGUUACUUUGUAAGAUUUAUUAUACCGACCAAACAUGGGAAAAAUAAUUACUUUCGUUUUGAAUUUUCUUGUGAAAACUGAUGCUUAGUUUCGUCUAAUUUCGUUUUGUUUGUUUACGUUGUACAAAUCACGUGUUUCUGUACCGCAUGUGUUGUGCUCGAGAUUCCCAAAAAGUUCGUACACAAUGCGGACUACGUCAGUGCGUCACGCUGCUAUCUCCGCGCAUGCACGCGUCAUCCUCGACUACUGCGAGUUUGACUCUUAUCCACUCGUAAUAACGACUGAACUACAGUCGAGAGCUCAGAAUCAAAGAAUAUCCUUUGAACUUGUCACAUGGUAAGGUCAGUGGUGGAUAAUGUUGCUACGAUAAGGAAAUUUCUACUUUAUAGAAGAGUGUCAAAGUUGUUUCUCGGUUGUGGUGUAUAAGGGUUGUGUGGCGGCGGGCGGGCGGGGUAUCGAGCGCGGCACUAGUGUGUGAGCGCGCGGCGAUGGUGGACGCGGCGCUCGCGGGAAGAUGCCGGCGCGAUGUGCUGGCGACAGGUGUCCCGCUCCCAGCGCAGCCUGCUCGUGCUGCUGGGCUACCUGGCGCUGUACCUGCUGGUGUCGUACGCGCUGACGCCCGACGCCACCGUGAGCUUCGUGCGCGACGAGCUGCGCCUGGGCGACAAGUACGUGCUCAUGUUCCUGCUGGCGCCCGACACGCCGCCCUACUCGGAUGCUGAGGGCGCGCAGGUGUUUGCGGCGCGCCGCUGCGGGGCCUGCUUCCUCACCAACAACCGCGGCUUCCUGCCGCUCAGCGAGUACGACGCGGUGCUGGUGCUGGGCGAGCGCGCGCUGCUGUCGCACUCGGCCGCCGUCAUGGACCCGGGGAAGAGGUACCUGAUGGAGGCGCGCCGCCGCUGUGUGGCAAACAAGAUGCGGGAGUGCGCGCGCGAGCCCGUGCUCACCUCGUUCAGCAGCCGACAGACGUUCGACCUGUGCGGGCUGUGCGCCGAGCUGCUGCGGCGGCGGCAGCAGACGCGCGCGCUCUGAGCGUGAGGCCUUGCUAGGUUAGGAAGCGUCAGCUGACGCCGGCCAGGCGCUGCGUCACCCUAUUAUGGUGCUUAUCCUACAGGAAUAAGGUCGCAGGUUUCAUUGUUGUCUAAUGAAUUAAGGACUCAUUUAAGUGUAUUCUGGGUAUAAAACUGUUUUAGUUCAUUAUUUUAUGAUACGAUGUAAAAGCUUUGUGACUGUAUUUAGUUAUUGUUGCGUGAGCUUUUAAUGAAUUGACGUGUGUUUAGGUUACACAACUUAGUGUAUAUACACUUGUGGAAACAUAAACAGAAGCACAACAGGUAUCUAUCAGGUGAAUGGGUUCGACACGAGGCGGUGGACAUGGGUCGUGUUUGUUGUCUGGUCACGUGUCGACGUGUAAACAAUACACCGAGCGGGUUUCAGAAGCCGGACGGUCACGAGCACUGUAAACACGUAACAUUGGUGCUCAAUACUUCAAUAACAGACGGACUAACAUUAUAAUGCUAGUUCCAAGUGUUCUUAUUAGUUGCGGAAACAUUUUUAUGCGGUCCUCAUUAAUUAUAAUUGGUCACGAACUCUUUGCAAUAUAGGGGCAGUAUCUUUGACUAUCCGAAGAGACUACAACACAUGGAUUAGUACCUUGAAAUGUUAUUAACCCUUAAUAUUUUUAAAUGAAACGUUAAGAGGAUGAACCAGUUAUUGAGUUUAGCUAAUAACAUAGGUCAUUAACUCCUAGAUUCUGACGAGAUCUGAAUUUGUAAAAACAGUUUACUUCGUAACUAUUUUGGUAGGAAUGUAGAGUACUGUAAAUGCCAAUCGAUAGCGGCGCUGCGCGUGCGCAACUCAACAUGUUCACAGUAUGUUGUAGCACCAUAUGUUGUUCAGGCGCCAUACGUACAGAAAUAUACAUAAUACAUACUCCAGAUAAAAAAUAUUUAUGAUAUUUUAAACUCAUUUAUUUGCGUUUUAAGAAAUUACGUAUUUAUUAACUGUGACUAAGUAUUUAUACAAGCUAAUACAAAAAAAAACUGCUUCCAUAUUUUCUUUUUGUUUUGGAAUCAAUGUACGCGAAAAGAAACUGCUAACGAAUUUGCAAGCACAGAUCAUCUGUAGGUCAUAUCGAUGUCAAUCGGAAACCGGGAAGUGGAUCAAAUUCAACUUGCAGUCAGUGUUUGAUAACAUACCGACAGACGGACAACAGGACCGGUGGAACUAAAUAGAAGGUUGGAUCAAGUUUUAGUGAAUUGAACAAGUGCCAUAAUUCUUAUGUGUUUUUAUUUGUUUUACUUCUAAAAUUGUGCAUCCAAGUCACAGAAGGUGACGUACAACAAGUAAACAAGUCUUAAGGCUAAAGAGGAAUACAUCAUAGAGCAAAAAAAUCUUUGCUUUCUCUACUUUUUACUGAUUAAUAACAUUUGACGUUCAACAAGUUAGAUGAUGUGAGUGAUAUAUUUUUUACCUAGUAAAACCUCUUCCUAGAGACUGGGGUCGGAUUUCAGUCUAACCGGAUGCAGCUAAGUACCAGCCUUUAAAACAUGGCUACCAAAAGCAAGAUUACGUCUUUUUCUAAGUUUUAGUUUUUUACUUCUCAAUAAACAUCG